GGCGGCUGCUGCGGCAAACACAAACACACACGCAUCUGCCACACCUCCUCCCUGCGCCUCGUCCGGAAACCAACGCGAACCUCACUUGCUGAAAGGGAGACAGAGGGUUGCGCUUGUGUGGGUUGUGUGUGGCAGAGAGGCAAGGAUGGACAGUGCCACGGUGGAGAAGUGGCAGACAAAGGCGGUGGAGGAAGGCUUGCUCAACGCCGUCGAUCCCACUCUCUUGUAUGAGCCGCUGGAGCCAAUCGGACAUGGCGCGACUGCAGACAUUGUCAAGGCGAUUGAUCGGGAGAAAGGGAGCGUAGUCGCCAUCAAGAAGUUCAAGACCAAGUUCAAGAGCGAGGAUGAUUGGAAGGACAUUGUGAAGGAAAUCAGAUUUCUCAAGAAAUGUGAAUCGCCGUACCUCGUCAAGUUCCACGACAGCUUUCUCCACGGGAAGCAAGUGUGGAUCGUCAUGGACUACUGUCUUGGAUCGUGCUUCGACAUUAUGGAGGUGUUCAAGAAGCCGUUCGCAGAGGCGGAGAUCAAGGCUGUCUGCUGGGGCAUCCUUAAGGCACUUGAGUAUCUUCACGGAAACCAGAAACUGCAUCGUGACAUCAAAGCGCGCAACAUUCUCCUCGCAGACAGCGCUGAGGUAAAGCUGUGUGACUUUGGCGCCUCUGCGGACGUUGCCAACACCGAGGGCCGUGCAAACACAUUCAUCGGCUCUCCGUAUUGGCUCGCACCAGAAGUGAUAUUGGCGAUGGAAACAGGAACAUAUUCGUACCCGGCCGACGUCUGGUCCCUCGGCAUCACACUCAUCGAGUUGGCGGAGACGAAGCCGCCGCUCUUCCACCUUCAGACGAUGAGUGCGCUAUUCCGCAUCCCAAACAACCCCUCGCCCGAGCUGUCAACAACGGGGUGGUCAUCGCACUUCAAGUCGUUCCUGGCGCGCUGCCUCGACAAGGACCCGGACAACCGCGCCACUGUCGCUGAGCUCAUUCAGGACCUGCAAAAAUAUGCGGACAAGAAGAAGCGAGAGUCCAAGUCGUCGCUGGCGACGAAACUGCAGCACUUGAAACGCGACCACCGCCGCCAAGUCAAGGAGGAGGGCGCAGACAAGAAGGAGCUGAAGAAGUUGGCCAAGGAGCAGACGGCGCAGCUGCAGGACAAGCGCAAGUCGGAGUUCAAGGCAACGUCGCUGGGGUAUGUGGACGCGCGGAUGAAGAUGCUGCGGGCACAGCAGCAGAUUGCGGCGGCGCGGCUGAGACUUGAGCACUUGGAGGAGGAGCUGAUGCUGAAGGAGAAGCAUCUUGGGCAGCGUCUGGACAUGGUUGUCGGCCACGAGACGGAACGCGUGCACCCGAUCAUGCGCACGCACCGCUUGCAGAUGCAGGAGCUUGAGAUGGAGUACGCAAACGAGCGUGAGAAGUUGGAGAUUGCGCACUUGCAAGAGAACCACGCACAGGUGCAAGUGAGCACUAAGCGCAAACACACCGUCCAGGCCAGAGCACACGACAAGCAGCUGAAGAAGCUGAGUGUACAUGAUAAGAAAGUACAGGAGGCGUUCCGCAGACAAACGGCACAGCUGGAUGAGCUUCAGGCUGUGAAGGAGCGAACGAAGAAAGGCACGGCGGACCGCAAGCAGGCGAAGAAGCUUGAGAAGUUGGAGAAGCAGGCGCUGAACGAGGCGAGGCAGUCUGUUGUCGCACAGGCCACCAUCCGCCUCAACGAAUCCCAAAUCAAGGAAAUCAACGACCUCCGCAGGCAGCAGGACGAGGAGAUGUCUGAGCUUGAGGCGUUCUUUGAGCAGCGGCGGGAGCAAAUGUUGAAGGCGCACGAGCAGCAGCUGCAGGAGCUCGACCAGCACAUGAAGGACGAAGCAAACGCCGCCGUCAAGUUGAAGGCGACUGAGCUGAGCAACUUCCAAAAGGGGCGGGACACGAAACUGGAGCACGAGCGGCAAAAGUUUUCGGAGCUGGAGGAGGAGAUGUCGGCGGUGAUUGAGGCGGAACGCAAGCGAGCAGAAGAACUGGACAAGGCGUGGUAUUCAUGAAGAUGCGAUGCUUCUUGUAGUCUGCAAGCAAGAGUUAUGUUUUGUUGUUGCUGCUGCUUUGUUUUUGUUUUUCCUCGUUUUCUCGCUUGUUCCUUUUCAUCCCCUCCUUCCUUCCUUCCUUUUCUUUCUCUCUUGCCUGUUAUUGUGCAGACAACCCGCCAUGUUUGUGUCUGUGCGCGUGCGUUUGUGCGUGAGCGUGAUUGUUGUCCACGUUGACCGCCAUGCCAGGCAAGAAGCAAACAUGCACCCGAAAGCAAGCCCUGACAGUCAUACUGCAGUGCAUCGAGACCACCACAAUCGUCAUCCACGC